AUGGCGUGGUUGGACGACCACCUCCGCGAGCAGCUGGAUGUCUCGAUUUGCAUCCAGGUGGACAGCCAAGCUCCCAGCAGCUCCUUCUGCGAGCCAUUCCGGAAGCCGGGGAUCGUGUCCUUUGAGCUGCCCAUCGAGCUGGUGGACGGUCAGCUGACGCUGACGGCGACUCUGGGCACGGUGUCGGGGUCCACAAUCGCAGCCCUGGGCAGCGAUCAGGUGCGGGUUCAGAAGUGGCUGCAGCUGGCGCGGCCGCGGCCUGGGUGGGCCGAAGUCUUCAAUCCGCUGGUGGAGUGGUGGGACGCCCACCGUGAGGGCCUGCAGACUACCAAGCUGGCGCACUACUUCGACGUCUACCACCGGCACUUGUCUCACUUCCGCGGCCGCAAGGCGCACCUUCUGGAGAUUGGGGUGGCCAGUGGGGGGUCCCUGCAGAUGUGGAAGGCCUACUUCGGACCGCGGCUCCGUGUCACCGGCGUGGACUGCUGCCCCUACUCGGGCAUGCGAGGCGAGCUGGAGGACCACCGGACCUCCAUUUGGAUCGGAGACCAAGAGGAUCCUCAGUUCUGGGAGGAGUUGGUGCAGUCCGUGCCCCCCAUCGACAUCAUCAUCGACGACGGGAGCCACGUGGGGCGCAUGCAGCUGGCUGCCUUCCGCAGCCUGUGGCCGCGCCUAAACCCCGGAGGGGUGUACUUGGUGGAGGACUUGAUGUUUGCGUACUUGGAGCCUCACAGCCAGGAUGCCCACUUCUUUCGGGGCCACACCUUGUGGAUGGAGCGUUUGAAGUUGUUGAUGGACGAGAUGCAGACAGGUCUCGCCGGGGACGAGCUCAAGGGGUCUGUGGGCACAAUUCGCAGCAUCAAUGUCUACCGCCAUAUUUGUGUCGUUGAGAAGUACGACCAGGGUCAAGGCGACGCCGGCUUCGUCCAGGACUGGGAGGAGUUGCAGGUGGGCGCCGGUGUGCAGGCCCCGGCCCUGGCAGACCGACAGGCCUUCGGGUCGCGGGAGUCCGCGGGGUGCGCGGUGGCCAAGGAGCGACGAAGCUUCAAGUCUCCGGACCGGCCGGAGCACCGCUCCUCACGGACGAGAGGUUGCCGCACUGAAGGGCGGAUGCGGGGCAUCCUGGGCCUUGUUGGCAUCUACCUGGAGGCCUCGUCAUCAGAUGUCGGACUCGAUGCGCGGAUGCUGGGAGACCUGGGCGAAGGGCACUGCGAGCACAACCGUCCCUGGCUGCAGGUGAAAAGGAAGUUGUUUGGCUUCCUGCAGCAGAUCUCCGAAAGGAAGAGGCUCGAUGUGACGCGAGCAGUGAGCGUGCUCGCCGUCGACAUCGGGAAGGAGGACCUGGCGUGCUGCCCCCUCGGUGCGUUGGCAGUGCAGCUUUUCUUCGAGCUGGCCCUGGUGUGGUCGAACCCGGAGGCUUCGGCGCGAGAGGAUUGGCCGGAGGAGCCCUGGCAGCGGCUUCGGGAGGUGUCCUGGCAUGCGCUUCUGACGUCCCGCUGGCCGGUGUUUGAGCUUCUGAGGGCCCUCAGCGCGUUGCUGGGCCCAGCCGGGCCUGAUCACCCCUGCGCGCGUCUUUGGGACUUCGUGCCAGAGGCGCUUCAGGCGCGUUUGCGGCUGGGGGAGCUUCAGGUGGCGCAGGCGGUGCUCGAGAGUCUCGAAGCAUCUCCGCAGGCCCUGGCGUCGUGCCCCACAGCGGCGGCGGCCGCCGCCUUGGCCAGCUCUGUGGACGCGGGCGGCUUGCAGCUCGCACAGGAGAAGGCCACCAGCGGGCGCUGGCCGGAGGAUUUUCUGCGUUCGCCUUGGCCGGCCUUGGCCCUGCUGUGGUCCCUGGAAAGCCAGGGCACGCCAAGCACCUGGCGCGUGGCGUUGCUGGGCCAGCUGCGAGGGGCCGUGGCGUACCUCAACUUCCUGCCGGAGGAGAUGUCGAGGGCUCGGGACAUCAGCGCCUCGCUGAGCAGUGUGGACAGGUACUGGUUCUCCCAAGAGGGCCAGUGGCCAGUGGUGGUCUUUGCAGACAACGCAUCAGCCAAGUACCAGGAGGCCAAUCUGUCGGGCCACUUCCCGCACCUCGACAUCCGGGUGGCUGUGAUUGAGGAGGAGCACUUGCGAUGGCCGAUGGGAAAUCGCAGCUGCUCCCAGAACUACAAGCGCGCCAGCCGCUUCACCGCGGGGCCGCUUUGGAUGCACCAGGCCCUGGAUAACUUCAGCCAUGUAAUGCUGGUAGACACUGAGUUCGUGUUGAGCCACCGGGUGGAUUGGGACCCGUUGGGCCGGAUGUUCGAGGAGGAUGUGGCGCUGGGCUACUGGCAGACCCACUACGAGCAAAGCUGGGAGCGCACCUUGUACCUCACAGAGGUGUCCAAGCGGUUUAUGGCCGGCAGAAGCCUUCAGCCUCAGAUUCCGGAGCUUGUCAGCUACUGGUGGGAUGAGCGUGAGGUUCCGGGGGGCUCCUUGCCCGUAAACAUUUACGGGUGCCUCUUGGCGGGCUCCAUGGCCUUCUUCCGCUCCGAGCUCUAUCAGAGCUACUUCCAGGAGCUGGACCGUUGGCCCGGCUUCGACGAGCACUGCUGGUCCGUGCAGAGCGUCCUGGCCAUCGCGGCCGCUUUCCUCCUGGAUGACCGGCGGGUUUCGGAGCUCUGGGUCUACGGCAGGCACCAGAACAGCUCAAAGACGCCGCAAGAGGGCUGGAACGACGCCAAGCGGCGGACAGACUGA